AUGUCUAACCAAUCAAAAGUGACUGAAUUCCUUCUGCUUGGAUUUGUGGAUAUUCAAGAACUUCAGAUAUUUCACAACAUCAUUUUUCUAAUCAUCUACUUGUUGGCCUCCAUGGAAAACCUUCUCAUCAUCACAGUCAUCAUUUACAGCCGUCACCUUCACACACCCAUGUACAUCUUUCUGGCAAAUCUGUCAUUCCAAGACUUUGGCUCUAUAUCAGUCACAGUUCCCAAAUCCAUGGCCAAUUCCUUGAUGAACACCCAGGCCAUUUCAUAUUCUGGAUGUGUCAGCCAAGUUUUCUUCCUCGUUUUCUUCAUGAUAUCUCAUUUCUUCCUCCUUGGUGUCAUGUCCUAUGACCGCUAUGUUGCCAUCUGCAACCCUCUGCAUUAUGAGACCAUGAUGAACAAGAAAGUUUGCAUCCAGAUGGCAAUCGGUGCAUGGCUUGGUGGCCUUUUCUAUUCAAUACUGUAUACUGGAAAUGCAUUCACAGUGGAAUUUUGUUCCAAUGUGGUCUAUCAGUUCUUCUGUGAAAUCCCACAGCUACUCAAGAUUGCUUGCUCUGACUCAUAUGAUACUGAAAUCUGGAUUCUUACCUUUGGUGCUAGUUUGUGCUUCAUAUAUUUCACACUAGUUAUUUUUUCUUAUGUUCAGAUUAUCAGAGCAGUUCUAAAAAUCCCAUCUACAAAGGGGAAGCAAAAAGCCUUCUCGACUUGUAUGCCACAUCUUAUUGUCAUAUCCCUGUUUUUGGUAAGUGGCACUUUUGCCUAUUUAAAGCCAACUGCCAGUUCCCCAUCAGCAUUAGAUCUUUUAGUUUCCAUAUUAUAUUGCAUUGUGCCACCAGUGAUGAACCCCCUGAUUUAUACCAUGAGAAACACUGAAAUAAAGAAGGCAUUCUGGAAAGUUUUAGCCUGCCAAGGGCUCACUGCAGGGUUUGGGGGUUUUGUUUUUGUUUUUGUUUUGUCUUUUGGCAACUGAAGGUAUUGAACACCUUUGGUGCCACCCUUCUAACUACACCAUUCUCAUCUUGAACCCUCCACUUUAAACUAAAAUAAAUCUCAAAGGGAAGCAUUCAGAGUAAAUGUUGUGCAUGGGGGAACUUCAUAGAGGAAAUUGAAUCAUCAAAAAUUGUUCCUUCCCCUUGUGUGAGUGGAAGCAUUCUGUUCAUGUAACUUCUAAUCUGAAUUUGCCCAUAAUUUCUGAUACAAUAAUAUCUCAUUGACCUCUCAUUGGAACAUUUUAUAUCUAGCAAAAACAAAGUUGUAAGUAACUGACGUGAUUCUUAGGUGGAACCUCAGUGUUGAGAGAUGGUACACCUUUGAACACCAGUUGUAACUGUAAUCUCAAAGUUAUUAUUUUU